CAGACGUGGAUGGACGCCUUCGACACGCAGCUCGACGAGCACACCGGCGCAGUCGCCCGCGCCAUCGCCGACCGGUACCCGCGCCACCGCUACGUGGUCGGCUGGGACGCCACGCUGACGAUGGCGGCGGUGUGGUUCUUCCCGGGCUGGCUGGUCCACCUGUUCAUCAACGGGCUCUACGACUGGUUCGGGUAG